AUGAUUCAAGGGCCUGCAUCGAACGUCGACCUUGCUCGCCUCCCCAUCCCGCUUCCCCCUCUUCGCCCUGAUCAACUCGUCCACGCAGACUUCCGUCCGCACACGACUAACCCAGCGCCAAACCAUGUCGUCCGCCGACGGCCCUUCCCCGCCAAGGUGGCUGAGAGCGACGCCCCUCGCCAAGAUGAGAAGAGGGACAGCAUCCAGGAGCGCGAUCCCGAGACCCACUCCGUCAACGUGGAGGCCGACAAGGAGAAUUCGCAGCGCUAUGGCGAGAUUGACAAGGAGCUCGCCCAGUACGUCGGCGAGCGCAUCGUCAUCACCAAGGAGAGGAGCGAUGAGCUCCGCAAAAAGAUUGAUCGCCGCGUGCUCGUCGUCAUGAUCUCGACCUACUUCCUGCAGGCCAUCGACAAGGGCACGCUGUCCUUUGCCUCCAUCAUGGGGCUUCCGGCCGACACCGGCAUGGUGAAUGCCGACGGUUCGCUGAGACAAGAUUACAGCUGGCUCAUCACGUGUAUCUACAUCUGCAUUCUCAUCGUCGAAUACCCUCAGAACUGGCUCAUCGCUCGCGUCCCCAUCGCCAAGUACCUUUCCUUCUCCAUCGUCGCCUGGGGUGUCGUUCUCGCCUGCCACGCCGCUUGCUCCAGCUUCACCGGCUUGGUCGUCGUACGCACGCUUCUCGGUCUCUUCGAGUCCGUCUGCCAGCCCGGUUUCAUUCUUCUCUCGUCCAUGUGGUAUAGGCGUGAGGAGCAGGCUGAGCGCGUAACCUGGUGGUACAUGAUGAACGGCAUGCAGCAGAUCGUCGGUGGUCUUCUCGCCUACUGCUUCUCCCUCAUCACCAGCGGCCCUCUCAAGUCAUGGCAGUGGCUGUUCCUAUGCUUCACCGAGGAGGAGAAGAAGGAGAUGAUUGAGCGCGUGCGCGACAACCAGACCGGCAUGCAGAACCGCGAGUUCAAGUGGUACCAGUUCAAGGAGGGUCUCCUCGACCCCCAGGUCUGGGCGUACUGCAUGGUCUCCCUCACCACCACCCUCCCCACCUCGGGUCUCGGCGGCUUCGCCAACAUCAUCAUCAAGAGCUUCGGAUUCAGCACCCUCGAGACCCAGCUCCUCGCCAUGGUCUUGGGCUUCUACAUCAUCAUUGUCCUGUUGGGCUCGACUUGGAUUGUGAAGAAGACCAACCAGACCGUCUGGGUCAUGCUCGGCUUCAUGGUGCCUUCUUUUGUCGGCACCGCGAUUCUCAUGACCGUCGACCCUCACGUGUCCCGCGGCCAGGACAUUGGCCUUCUCAUUUCGUACUACAUCACGCUUUCUUUCUGGGCUGCGCAAACCCUCGCCCUGAGCUUGAUCUCGAGGAACAUUGCCGGCCAGACCAAGAAGACCAUUGCUGUCGCCAUGAACUUUAUCUGGUGGGCUGCGGGUAACUCCAUCGGCCCUCAGGUUUUCCUCGCUUGGGACGCUCCCCGCUACUACAUCGCAUUCUCCACCCAUCUUGGCUGCUACGCCUUCCUCGUCGUUGUCUUGGUCUGCCUUCGAUUCUACCUUUCCCGCGAGAACAAGAAGCGCGAUCGCCUCUUCGCCGAGGGCGUCGUGCAGGCUGACCCGACCCGAACGGAGCAUGCGUUUGAGGAUCUCACGGAUCGGGAGAACCUUAGCUUCCGCUAUGUGCUCUAA